CCAGCACCUGCAACCAGUAGAAUCCAGAACCUCAGCCGGAAUAAAAAUUAUAACGUCAUAGUGACGUCACACACCUUGUCCAUGCCACUUAUAUAAAACAGUGUAGACCGGACGCCGAUUUCUACAUAGGAUAGAAGACGAACGACAGGCACCAGAGCUGAGGCGUAACAGUUUGCUGAACUUUUCGAGGAAGUCUUGAGAGACCUGAGCGUCGAUCUGCUCCAUGUAGUGGUUGAAAAAGCCUUCCUGGGGACUGUACAGAGUCACAUCUGAACACAGCUUUCUCAAGUACAGGUCCACCUCCUCUUCGCUCGCUCCAUCCCCCGGCCUGUAACGCACAGGAUACUCAGUUGAAAAGUUCAUCAGCAGUUCAUACGUCAGUUGGCGCAGUAUACUUGAAAGAGAAAUCAUUCAGCUGGAUGGUGUCGCCAGUAUGCUUGUGUCGUCGUGCCUGGAGUUCCUUUGUAAAUGUAGACAAAAUACAGAUUGUCAGACAUGUUGUCGAGUUUCUCACAAGUUUAGCUCCACUAACAACUUUGAUCAUCAUUUUAUUACUCAGUUAUUAUUCUUAUCAGCUUCUUGAAGGGAGUGGUGUGAACAGAAUUAUUGUAUAUUUCUUCAGCAUUGAAAUUUUUGGAAAUUGGCUACUAUUUUUCUGCACCAAGAGCUACAUAGACAAAUCUUCUGGAAAUAGUGAGUUGGCUCCUGGUUUGUCUCACGAUGAUUGUAAGCAGCUCCGUUACUGUCCAACAUGUAAAAUCUACAAACCUGAGCGCAGUCACCAUUGUUCCCUCUGUGAUCGCUGCAUUCACCAAAGAGAUCAUCACUGUUUUUUCCUUGGCACAUGUGUUGGAGGAUACAAUCUGUGCUAUUUUAUUCUUUUCUGCUUUUAUGCCUGUGUGGGAUGUAUUUAUGCAUCAAGAUUGCUCCAUGGUUACUACUCAGGGACUUACUUGCGAGCUUUUUGGUCAUCAGAAUUCCUGUAUUAUUUCUAUCCUGUCACACUUGUCAUGUGGUUAUUAGGGAAGGCACAGUUAGCUGAGGUGGGCUGGGUGACGUUGCUGUAUGUAUCCUCAGCUACAGUUGCGUUUACUGGAUUUUGUGUAGUACAACAGCUGGUGUAUGUUCUCAGAGGCCAGACAGCUUAUGAAUAUAACAAAGGUCUGCUCAUGGUACACCGAUCAGCAUUUCACAACUUUCUUCACGUGUUUGGCCGAUAUUGGAUUCUUCACAUUCUGAUUCCCUUUCCACGGCGACACACUGUUACUGAUCCUCGAAGCUUUCUCAAAAUUGUUUGAGAAAGAAAGACAAAAAUUGUGAGCGUAGAAGUGUGAGCAGCUUAUUAAGGUUUCUCUGAGGUUUCAUCUGGCUGUUGUAGAAGCACAUUACCAAAUAUUCAGAAAACCUUAGUUUUGAGGUAUUUGAAAUCAAAUAAUAAUACCUCUAGUUCUGCUGAAUGAUGCCGAGUUAGAAAGUCUAUGGAGUUUUUAAUUAAAACAGUGUCUUAAGCAGGUAAGCUUAGAUACAAAUUAUUUAUUUGGUCUAUUUACAAAAAAUAAUCCUCUCAAAACACCCAUGCUAGCAUUUUUCUGGCACUGAUUGAUUGAGAGUAUCUUCCCUCCAUAAUGAUCUUCCAUAUAAUCUUGGCAGCUGGAAAUAUAUAAACAUUAGUGUCUUUAUUAUUGUUUUUGUAUUCUUUAAGCAGGAUAUUUGUUGUGUAUUGAUUAGGGAUUCAAAUUAUUUACAUUUUUAUUACAACAGAUGUUAAGGUGAAUAUUAGUGAUCCUUGGAAACAGUGUACACAUUAAUAUGAAUUAGUGAGCCAUUAUCAAAAAGGAAGAUUAAUGUACUGUAUUCUUGUAGUCAUAUUUUCUUAAAAAUGCCCUAUACCUGUAUAUCAAUGUUACACAUAUCAUAAUGUUAAUCAAGGUCUUUGAAGUUAAUUUUCAAAGGUAUUUUAGUUUACUUUGCUAGUUUAAAUAUUAAUGACUUCGGAAAAGUGUGAGAACAUUCAUGUCAUCUCAGUGAAGUGCACUGAGCCUGUUUUCAUACAUGAGAGGAUGUUUGUGUUGUCCACCUUGAGACUUCUAGAAAUGUGCUUAUAAGAUGGCUACUAAAUAUUUCAAAAUUUAUUUUAAAAUUAACUGCACUGUGCAAAAAAAAUUAAUAUCACUGAAACAUUUUUAAAUAUUACUGUUAAUAAGACUUGUCUUUUGGCUUCCAAUUUUUUACAUUUUGAGGAACUGUGGAACCAUGAGCUACCUAGGCAACACAAAUGCAUUGUACUGAGGAAAAGAAUUAGCAUACAAAUGUAGUCAACAGUAUUGCUUACUCCUUUUUUUUAUGCUUUUUAUGGGUACUCCAGUUACUCAAUUAUGCUUUUAUGACUGCUCAGAUUACUCAUUUGAACUAUUAUGGGUGCUCAUAUUACUCAUUUGAACUAUUAUGGGGGCUUACAUUUGAGUCUUUAUGGGUACUCAACCCCCAGAAUACUAGAAUGUCCCAAGAAAUCAGAGAAGCUUAUUACAGUACUCAGUGCUACUAAAAUAAUACCAAAAUGUCUCCUUUAUUAUCAUCUGUGAAAGAUAUGUAGAUAAUCCCAAUGAUAGUUUAUAUUUUAAUCAUAUUAAA